AUGGGAAGCGUUCAAGUGCCGCCAAAACCGGUCCUGCAAAAAUUCCUGUUGACGAAUAAGACGGUGGUCGUGACUGGAGGUGGACGAGGACUGGGACUCAGUUUCGCGAGGUCGCUGGCUGAAGUCGGUGCGAAUAUUGUAGCAAUCGACAUCCAUGACGAGCCUGACGAGGAGUUUGAGGAACUUUCAACGUUCAAUGUCAAAGCCGUCUACCAUAAAUGCGAUGUCCGAGACCACGAGAUGCUGAGGCAGACUAUCGAUCUCGCCGCGAAGCAGUUCGGUUCAAUUGAUGGCUGCAUCACAGCCGCUGGUAUCAUGACAAAUAAACCUUUUAUGGAGCAUACUCCUCAGGAUUUGAGAGAUUCGUACGCGGUGAACCUGAUAGGUACUUUUUCGGCGGCGCAAAUAUGCGCCGAGCAUAUGAUCAAGCAGAAGACGGGCGGUAACAUCAUCUGCAUAUCCUCGACAGCCGGACACAGAGGACUGGCUCCCCAGACUGCCACGGCGUAUGUUUGCUCGAAACAUGCAGUCAUCGGCCUGGUGAAACAAGCUGCUGGAGAACUAGCCAAGCACAAUAUUCGCAUGAACAGUAUCAGUCCUGGGCCAUUCCUGACCAAGAUGCUCCGGUCGGUCAUGGAGAAGGACCCGACUCAGGAAGAGCGAUUCGCAAAGAGCAACAUACUGAACCGAAUGGCACUGCCAGAAGAGUUGGGGGGAGCAAUAGUAUACCUGAUGAGCGAAGCGAGUAGCUUUGUGACAGGCAAUGACUUUAACAUUGAUGGCGGGUCCGGAUGUCAAUAG